UAGCAAUACCGCAAUUAUCCCGGUCUUAGCCAACGUUGAUUUUUUACCUUAGUUUAGUCUUAGUUUUAAACUCGCGACGAACGAGUAAAGACGCGCAUCACGCGGUAAAAAAAUAUAACAACUCACGUCUAUCAAGUUACUUUAGGUGCGGUGUGCUUAGUUGUGUCUCACACACGGAUCUAUCUGUAAAUUCCAUUCAUCGUUGACGACGUUCGUUGGUUGACGUAAACCUGUUUCGAAACGAAAAUACUAAUUUCUUAGAUAAAUAUUUGUUCUCAAAAGUUUAAUAAAAAUCCGAAAAAAAAUGCAUUCUUGUGUUUACAAAAAAAUUGUUGUUAAUCAUUUCCUGUACACAAGUAGGUAUAAUUCCAUCUGACGAAAGAUACUUCGUGAAAAGUAUCUUAUGUAUACAGUUUUAUACUUCCUCAAAAAUAAAAAUACACAAAGUGAAAUGAAAAGUUAUAUCGCUUAACAAAGCUGAGAAAAUCGCCGCUGUCUUAUGAAGAAAAGUGGAUGAAAAAAAAAUUAAAAAAAUAAAAUUCAUCUCGAAAAAAAAAGAGUUAUUGAGAAAAGUAUCUGUAUCUGUGCUAUUAUAUCAUCUUGUAUCAAUUCAUAAUAAAAAAUAAAAAAAAAAAGAUUGCAAUCUUUUGCUGAGAAGUGUGUGUGUGGAGCGGAUUGCGCGCCCUCUGUUGCUGUAUAUGGUGGAUUGGAUGGAGUAAGCCGUACUUAUUCGAUUACAAUAGGCAGCUUCUCUUAUGACGGUGGGCGGUGUUGCAAGCUUGGAGGACGAACAAACGUUUUGAGAUACAAUUUUGCGUCUCAUUCUAAUAUUUAUACAAUUAUCCAUCUUGGACAUUUGAAGUGAUCUGGCGGAGUUGUUUUUAUGAUUGUUUACGCGCUCCAUUACAGUUUAUGCAUUAGUAAGACAUAAAAAUGGAUGCUAAAUGCCCGGAAAUAAUCGCUGAAAAUACAAUAUCCUCUUAAGGAUAUCCAAGUGGAAAGAAAACUACUUCCCUACGAUAUAGAAAAAGAAUUUUUUUGUCUCCAGGGAGAUAUCAAGAUCCUUUGGCGUUGAUUUUUUUGUUCUCCUUGUUUGGUUUGUUUGUCUUGUAAAGAAUGUGUACUACAUUUUCUUGACUGAAAUUAAAAUUCACAAAAAAAAAAGUCCUUGAUUUACAAUUAAGAGACAGAGACUUUAAGGUUGACGAAAGAGGAAGUCGCAAAGAAACCAUUAAACAAGCCAACAACCAAAAAGGAGAAAAGAAAAACAAAAUUCCUUUCUUUUCGUCCUUAGUCAAAUAUUCAUUAGCAUUGUUAGCGCACAGAUAGAAUAAUUCACUUUAAAAAGGACCCAACAUGCACGAACGCCGAGUAAAAAAACUUAAAAGUGGACAUUAUGUAGCAACACACGGUCGUCAAACACCUGACCCACCGUAUGUGCACUCACACUCAAAUCGAGGCUACUCCACCGAUGGCGAAGAAUCACAUCGUGCACCAUCUGAACGAACCAUGUCCGAGUACACCAUGGCGAAUGAGCGCACCUCUCCAGGACAUUAUAAUUCAGCUCGCAAGACCAGAAUGAAUGGAGUCCACACAACGGAUAGUGGAAUUGGUGUAGUGAUGGGUGGUGGUGGUAGUUCGGCAAGCAAUGGCGGACCAAGGUCGUUAGGUCCCAGUGUUAUAAACGGCCCACCAACACGAAUACCACCGAGAGCGCCAUCUGCACUGAGCUACGACCAUGGUGGCGACGCUGGAAGUGAUAUUUAUGUCACGAGUGCCGCUUACAAAGCACCAUCGGAAAUAAGUCGCUACAGUCAUCGACCUCAUUCCCGUGGUGGACCACGCAGUGUUUAUUCCGUCGCAAGUACAGCGAAAACUGGCCGCAGUGGGCGAUCACAGAAACACAGAGGUGCCAAAAUCGAAGCAAUGUCAGCCCCAAAUCCAUUCUGUCCGAAUGUCAGUGGCGUAUGCUGUCUCAUGCUUCUGCUUAAUUUAGGUCUUAUUCUAGUGACACUUGGUUUUGUAAUUGUCAUUCAGUUCUUUGAGCCUUUAUUUGUUUGGGUUUUAGGAAUAAUUUUCCUAAUUUUUGGAUUCCUUACUCUAAUCGGAAGCAUGGUAUACUGUGUAUACGUUUGUCGGGAUGCCAAAACACCAUCUCAAGUUCGAAACGAAGAUCUCUAUUGGACGCAUCAUUGGCAAAAGAACAUUGGUUAUACUCCUCAGGAAAUCAAUUACAAAGCAGACAAAUACGAUGGUUAUUCAGAUCGUUAUUCUGUUAGUAAAAUGAGUGGAAAAUAUUCAGAUAGGGAGAGUAAUCGUUACUAGAAAAAAAUGUGAAUCUGGAUCCACUCUUAAUCUAAUCCAAAAUGCCAUAGCCUCGAACAUGGUUGUUUGUAAUUGAAAUCAGUUAAAACAUACGUACACAUUGAAUUCUGGAUACCUAUACCCUCAUGAGUGAAUCAUUAAACACAGUAUAAUAAAAAAUAAAUCUACAAAUAGAAAGCCCUUUUCCAAAGGGUUUAAGUCAGUUUCAAUAAUACAAAUAAAUAAAAUAAAUCGAUUUAUUUUACUAAGUUUUAAUUUAAAGUUAAAUAAAAUUAAAAUAAUAUAAAGGACACUCCUGCUAACAAUGUUUGUUUCAAAUAAUUGAUAUGUAUUUUUGUGUAUAACAAUUUUAUGUAAAUUCUAUUUAAUAAGAAAUAAAAAAAAAAAAUAAAGAAAAUUUUUGAUAUUUAAAAUUAAGGUAACUAACUAUU